CGUCCAAAGAGAAUAGACGUCAGUUCUUGUCGAUGUGUACAUGAGAAAAACGUACAUUACGUCAAAAAUAUUAAAUUCAUUUAAAAAAAUAUAUUAUAAAAAUAGAAAUGAAUCUAAGACCUAAAGCUGAUGAUUAACGUUUCUGUGAUUAUUUGUUUUGAGUAUCGAUUUAAUAUAAAGUAUACUUUUUAACCACAAGUUUGAAGACAUUUCGUUAAUAAAUAUUCCUGAAAGCGGUCGCUUUCUCGUGGAAUUUGAAAGUGCUUGAAACUCUUGUAAUCAUGGACCCUCGUGGUAUAACACCGAACACUUCGAACCAGCAGUUAGUUAUAAACGGUGAUAAUGAUUCGGCGACGGCACUUCUACAGGAGAAACAGGCGAGAAGACAUAACAGUCUACGUGAAGUGACCUUCUCACAAUAUAUGACUGUCUCUAUAUUAUGCUUCGUUAACCUCAUCAACUAUAUGGACAGAUUGACUAUCGCCGGUGUUUUAAAUAAUGUCAAAACUGAAUUCGAAAUUGGUGAUGGCAAGGCUGGAUUUCUACAGACAGUGUUCGUCGUCGCGUACAUGUUGUUCGCGCCAAUAUUUGGCUACUUAGGAGAUAGAUACUCAAGGCGCGUCAUUAUGGCCAGUGGCGUUGCACUCUGGAGUCUAACAACUUUCUUUGGCUCGUUUUUACACGAUUACGAGUCGUUUGCAUUCUUCCGUGGUCUCGUUGGAAUUGGAGAAGCCUCGUACUCCACGAUAGCCCCUACCAUCAUCAGCGAUCUCUUCGUGGGGGAUGUAAGAUCGAAGAUGUUAGCAUUCUUCUAUUUUGCCAUCCCAGUCGGAAGUGGUCUCGGAUAUAUAGUAGGGUCAGUUGUGGGUGCAGCGCUAGGCAAUUGGCGAUACGGUCUACGGGUGACGCCUUUCUUUGGCGCGAUUGCCGUCGCGCUCAUCAUAUGGGUCAUGGAAGACCCGGAACGAGGCGCCUCCGAAGAGAGUCACAUAAAACCCACUUCGUAUAAGGACGAUCUGCGUGCUCUCAUAAAAAAUCCAUCGUUCAUGCUGUCGACGAUCGCUUUUACGUGCGUAGCGUUCGUGACCGGCGCGCUCACAUGGUGGGGACCGCAAGUUAUUUACUUGGGUCUCGGCUUGCAACCUGGCAACGAGUUUUCCUUCGAAAGGGUUUCGCUAACGUUCGGCGCGAUCACCAUGGUGUCGGGCAUGUUGGGCGUGCCGCUGGGCGCGUGGCUGGGCGCGGGGCUGCAGAAGCGGUGGGGCCGCGCGCACCCGCUGCUGUGCGGCGCGGGGCUGCUGCUGUCGGCGCCGGCGGUCGCGCUCGCCUUGCUUCUGACCGAGGGCUACAUGUACGCCCCUUUCGCCCUCAUAUUUAUCGGCGAGCUCGCGAUCAAUAUCAACUGGGCAAUCGUGGCCGACAUGUCGCUGUACGUUGUCAUACCACCAAGGCGUUCGACAGCAGAAGCUUUCCAGAUAUUAAUAUCGCACAUGUUUGGGGAUGCUGGAAGUCCAUACUUAGUCGGAGUUAUAUCAGAAAGUUUGAAGUCCUACUUGAUGCCAUCACCGGAUGAUUUGCCAAGUAAAAGUGUGGAAUUCAGAGCGCUUCAGUAUGCGCUGUUCAUAACGUGCUUCGUGGAAGUACUCGGAGGAAUAUUCUUCCUUAUAACAUCGGCGUACAUUGUCAGGGACAAACUAAAAGUGGACAGAGCCAUUGCAGCUACUUCAAAAAUAGUUUAAAUAUUUAGAAGCAGAAGCACAGCACACGGAGCCGUCCCACGCUUCAGCACACGAAGACAUUGUAGCCGGCGAAUAGAACACACAUUUUUAAAGUUGGUCAUAAAUAAAUAGUGAGAGGAAUUUGAACUUUCACAAACCAAGAGCAGUUUAUAUUGCAGUUAAGUAUCCGCGGUUUGCCUUGUAUCAAUCUUGAAUGGGAAAUGUUUUAACGUGUUCCGCUUUGAUACUCGUAUUAUUCGACGUACUUCUUUACAUAGGCGUAGUUACUUCGCUGUCACAUUGUUAAGACUGAUUUGUAAAGCAUAAUGCUGAACAGUGGUGGGAUCGAUCAAUAAUUGUUGGGAUAAAUGUGUUGUGUGUAUAAAAUUUUAUUUAAAUUUAAUCUAGAUAGACCUCAAUGAAUUAUAUGUCCUUAUUUAAAUUUAAACCUAAUUGUGCCUAAUAAAUAAAAUCACGUAGAUGAAAUUAAUUAUAGUUGUAUUCAUUAAAAAAAUCAUUUGAAACAUAGAAACUAGGCUGUUCUCGAAUAUUCCUAUAAUUUAUUCUAUUCCACUUCUCUAGUUCGUUAUUGAAUUAAUUUGUAUACAUUGAAUGUCUUAAAUUCGUCGAUCAGAUAUUGAUAGCGCGUUGUGAAACGUUAGUACUUUUUCAAAGGUAUAUGCAUACGAGGAUAUUCGUACGGUUUAACUUAAGAUAAUUGUUAGUUCCUUUAUUUAAAAAAGUACGAACACAAUGAGAAUAAUUACCUAGUAUAAAUGUAACAACCUGCCUUUUAGUGUUAGUGAAAAGGGAAGUGCUGUUUACUAAAUAAAGAAGCAAUAUUAUUGUAUUUGUUGUAGUCUGUAAUAAUACUAGAAACUUGUUAGGUUAAACUGUACAGAAUUCAAUAAGACUGAAUUAAUUUAAUGUAUGCCUAACUUAUUAUCUACUUAAACAAAUAUGUUUAUGUACAUACAUAUACAGUUAAAGCUUCAUUUAUGGA